GCCAUUUGAGCGCGAGUGCAACUCGCACUGAAUCCUGCAAACGACCCGAUACUAGAUAUCGUACUACAUACUAGAUGUCCGGGUGGUCCGGAUGGUCCAGCAUUGACCCCGGGCUCUACAUAUUGAAGCGCUUUUGCACUGAGCAGGUCGAGACGAUUAUGGAGAGACAGCCUUUGCUUCAGGGCCCCAUCUGUUGGACGAAUCCCUCCAGCCCCAAAACCGCAGGCGCGCGGCGAGGCAGUUCGCCGGGAGUUGAGCCCCGGCGUGGCGUUCCUCGUGCUGUCCACCGUGGUGAUGUCCGCCUACACGUUCAUCUACGUCUACUUCUGGGUCUGCGGGGCGUUUGUGCUUGCGAGCGCGCUCCACGAAGGCGACCACUGCAGCCCCGAGCUCCUCGCUUGGCUCGCGGCAGCGCUGCUCCAGCCACUCUUCCACGGCUUGGUGUCUGUGUCUGUUCCUGAAGCCAUGUGCAGCCAAUGCAUGAGCUGGCUCUAUUCCCUUGGUUUGGUGCUCACUGGCUGCGGCUGGCUGCUGCAGAGCCAAGGUCUACCUUGUCAUUCCAAGUCUCCUACCUUCUUCAUCUUCAUCGAGGCGUAUUUGGACUUCAUGGUGAUCACCUGGAUGCUGAUGCUGGCGACGCCCGUCGUGGCCUUCGGGGUGCUGAACUUAGGUAUGCGCCUUGGUGUGCUGCGGAUACGCUCUUCCGAGUUGGAUCUCCGGACGCUGGAGGCGGUGGACUUUAAGAAGGAGAUCUUCUGCGAGGAUGCCAACGCCUCCGAAGGCCAACUGCCGGCGGAGUGCUGUGUCUGCUGCGAGCACUUUAGCGCAGACAAGGUCAUUCGCAGGACUCCCUGCAAGCACGUCUUCCACGAGGCGUGCCUGGCCAGAUGGCUACAGGUCAACGACUCGUGCCCGGUGUGCCGCGUGAGCCUCCAGGCAGCUUUGGACCCAGAGGCCAAGUAGUCGAGGGAAAGAAGCGCGCGCCUCAAGCGCCGGGUGAGCCCUGCAGCUCACCGAAUCCCCUCCAUGGGAGGCCUCUUUUAUCAUGAAUCCGUAUGUUGGUCACUAUGGAUGCAUUGAUUUACCUAGAGUCUCCAGGACCC